UAGGAGAACUGUCGCUCUAAGGGGCGUGUGUUAAAGGGGGGAUCGCUGAUGCACCUUGUGGCGUUCCACGAGCCAGCAGCAGAUGCGACCAGUUGGACCUUCUGGUGAAAGUAGACUCCAUGGUAACAGCGAUGGCAGAAUGCGAAACACGUCAGAGACUGGUGCGCACCGUCAAGAAGGAGGUGAAGCAGAUUAUGGAGGAGGCUGUCACGCGAAAGUUUGUCCAUGAAGACAGCAGCCAUAUUGUUUCGUUCUGUGCGGCGGUGGAGGCGUGCGUCCUGCACGGGCUGAAGCGACGCGCGGCUGGCUUCCUGCGCAGCAACAAGGUGGCUGCGCUCUUCACCAAGGUGGGCAAGAGCUUCGCCCCUGCCCACGACCUCUGCAGGAAGACCCAGGAGCUGGAGCAGCUCGUGGAGACCAAGAGAACCCAGAGCCUGCAGAGCCAGGACGGCUUGAGACGGUUGACCCGGCUGCCCAGCCUAACCCCCCACUCCUCCAAAAACCUGUGGAUCCGCACCGCCCUGUUUGAGAAGGUCCUGGACAAGAUCGUGGUUUACCUUGUGGAGAACAGUAGUAAAUUCUACGAGAAAGAGGCUGUUCUCAUGGACCCAGUGGAUGGGCCCAUCCUCGCUUCUCUGCUGGUGGGGCCGUGCGCACUGGAGUACACCAAGAUGAAGACGGCCGACCACUUCUGGACGGACCCGUCAGCAGACGAGCUGGUGCAGAGACACCGCAUCCACGGAGGCCACUGCCGACAGGACUCCCCCAGCAAGAGGCCCGCUCUGUGUUUCCAGAAGAGGCACUCCAGCAGCAGCAUGGACGAGCGGCCCUCCCCCUCGCCGUCCGCCCGCGACUACGUUGAGUCCCUGCACCAGAACAACAGAGCCACCCUGCUGUUUGGGAAGAACAACGUCCUGGUCCAGCCGAGAGACGACAUGGAGGCCGUUCCAGGGUACCUCUCUCUACACCAGACCGCCGAGGUCAUGACCUUGAAGUGGACGCCCAACCAGCUAAUGAACGGAUCUGUGGGAGACCUGGACUAUGAGCACAGUGUGUACUGGGACUACGCUAUGACCAUUCUGCUGCAGGAGAUUGUCUACCUGCACUGCCAUCAACUGGUGGACAGUGGGGGCACGGUGGUGCUUGUGAGCCAGGACGGCAUCCAGAGACCCCCGCUGCGCUUCCCUAAAGGAGGCCACCUGCUGCAGUUCCUCUCCUGCCUGGAGACCGGCCUGCUGCCCCACGGCCAGCUGGACCCCCCUCUCUGGUCCCAGAGGGGAAAGGGGAAGGUGUUUCCUAAGCUCCGGAACCGGGUCGCUCCCGUAUCGGGAUCAUCAGAGUCGGUGUCCGACAAGGAGGAGGACGAGGCCACGGACUACGUCUUCCGCAUCCUGUUUCCCAACAGCCAAUCAGAGUUUGACCUGAUGGAGCAGGGUGCUCCGCUGUGGCAGCCCACCCUGAGGAAGGCUUCCUGCUCGUCCUGCUCCCCCCGGAGUCUGUCGGAGGGGGCGCCGCCGGACGGCUGCAACCACGAGCGGGCCCCUCUUAAGCUGCUGUGUGACAACAUGAAGAACCAGAUCAUCUCCCGGGCGUUUUACGGCUGGCUGGCGUACUGCCGCCACCUGUCCACGGUGAGGACACACCUCUCGGCGCUGGUGAACCACGCCAUCGUGGAGCCCGACGCGCCCGCCGACGCCAACGCCGGCCUGACCCCCCGCGUGUGGCGCCUCUUCCUGCAGGACCGCACCGCCUAUGAGGAGAAGGAGCUGCUCCGAUUGGUCUACUUUGGGGGUGUGGAGCCGUCGCUGAGGAAGGAAGUGUGGCCUUUCCUCCUGGGUCACUACCAGUUUUCAAUGUCCGAACCUGAAAGGAAGGAGGUGGACGAGCAGGUGAAGGCGGGCUACCAGCGGACCAUGGGCGAGUGGCUGGGCUGCGAGGCCAUCGUGCGCGAGCGGGAAAAGGAGCAGCACGCGGCCGCCAUCGCCAAGUGCUCCGGGGCCAGCGUGGACAGCUCCAGCCAGCCGCUUGUGCACCGCGACUCCACCCUCAGCAACGAGUCUUCCCAGAGCUGCAGCUCUGACCAGCAGAGUCUGGCCCGUCUGCAGAGUGACUCCAGCAGCAGCACCCAGGUCUUUGAGUCGGUGGAAGAGGUGGACCAGAUCGAGGCCGAGGCGGAGACCAAGGGCCCCGGGGCCAAGCAGGCCCCCCGGGUCCCCAACGGGGUGCUCCAGAACGGGGUCAGCUCCCCCGACUCCGGGCACCCGUCCUCCCGCAACUUCUCCGUCACCUCGGGCCUGUCGGACGUCUCCUUCAGCACCGAGGACAGCGCCUACCUCAGAGAUGAGGAGAAGCCCUCUGAGCGGAGGAAGAGCCGUGGAGCGCCGGGGGUUGUGGAGGCCCGGGCUGAAGGAGAAGGGGAGCAGCCGGGUGCGGCCGGGGCAGAGCAGGCUCCAGACGGACACACGGACACAGUGGAGGGGGAGGACCAAGAGCCCACGCCACCAAAGGACGCCUCCCAGUCCGAGGCCGCGGCCAGCCAAGUGCCUCAGGGGGACACCGACAGGAACGCAGAAGGAGAAGAAGGCGCUGGGCCAGAACAGACAAGGGAGUUCAAAUCCAAAGAGGCAAAGGACAGCUGGGCACCGCGAGAGCUGGUGGCCACCGAGGGAGACGAGGUCGUCGCAGGAGGCGAGACGGAGGAGGCGGAGAUCCCUGCUGCACUCAAGAGCCUCCUCCUGACCGGGCCGUGCCCAGCGGAGGCCUACCGCCCCGCCCGGGGGCCCCGGGCUCCCAGCGACUCGGAGUCCGAGUCCCCGUCGGCCAUAGAGAUGGAGGACAUCCCCAAAGGCAGCGUGUCCACGGGGCCGUGGGACGGGAAGGGCCGGUGUGAGGGCUGGUCCUCCUCAGGGGAACUGCGGGGGGAGGCCGGGCCAGAGGGAGCCCGGUCCACCCUGUCUGAAGAGCCCCAGAUGGAGAGCCUCUACCCCCCCUGCGACCCCCCGGCCGAGACCCAGGGGGCCGAGGAUGAAGUGUCCUCCCCGGUCGAGUCCAAGCCCGCCUACUCCCAGGAGCUCCUGGACCUGUACACACUGAACCUGCACCGCAUCGACAAGGACGUGCAGCGCUGCGACCGCAACUACAUUUACUUCAGCCCCGCCAACCUGGACAAGCUGCGCAACAUCAUGUGCAGUUAUAUCUGGCGCCACCUGGAGGUGGGCUACGUGCAGGGCAUGUGUGACCUGCUGGCUCCUCUCCUGGUCAUCCUGGACGACGAGGCCAUGGCCUUCAGCUGCUUCACCCAGCUCAUGAAGAGGAUGAAUCACAACUUCCCACACGGAGGCGCGAUGGACACACAUUUCGCCAACAUGCGUUCCCUCAUCCAGAUCCUGGACUCUGAGCUCUUUGAGCUGAUGCACCAGAACGGGGACUACACCCACUUCUACUUCUGCUACCGCUGGUUCCUGCUGGACUUCAAGAGAGAGCUGGUGUACGACGAUGUGUUUUCUGUGUGGGAGACCAUCUGGGUGGCCAAGUACGCGUCCUCGGGUCACUUCGUCCUGUUCAUCGCCCUGGCGCUUGUGGAGAUCUACCGGGACAUCAUCCUGGAGAACAACAUGGACUUCACCGACAUCAUCAAGUUCUUCAACGAAAUGGCCGAGCACCACAACAUCAAGCAGGUCCUGCCUCUGGCCCGAGAGCUAGUGUGUAAGGUUCAGAUGCUCAUUGAAAACAAGUGAAACUCCUUUCCUCCUUGAUGUUACGUAUUAGCUUUUGCAGCAACAGAGCACAGAAAUUUAAAGUCGCAAUGUGUAAGAUUGAGCUCUUCCCAGUAAGUAGGCAGGAGUCUUUCAGAAUAAAAACAAACUCCAUAACAGUUUUCGGUUCACGCUUUCGUUAACUGGCUCUGCAACUGUCUGAUGCGCCCCAGCGUUGCUCGGC